AUGAAAAAUUUUUUACCAGUAAAAGGAUCAAGUAUUGACUUUAGAUUUCAAGUUAUCUUGGUAAUACUGAUUUUAUACUUAAAAAUGCACAAAAGUACACUUUUAAAUUUUGAUCCUUUAUUUGGAAUUUCUAGAAAUUCUGAUUUUCAUAUUUUAACCUCAUAUUUAUUUAUGGAUUUUCUAAAUUUAAUUCAGAUAUUGACUAAGCUAUAG